GCACGAACACCCAGUAUGACGUUUCAGCACCUGGAUUGUUUAUGCCCCGCGUUAUGGAGUGCGGGGGCGGGCAUUAACGCAAGUGAACAAGUCGCUGUGUCCCCAAUGGCUCUAACCGAGGCGUUUUGGUCGCCGGCGAAGUAUAAGAGACGGACCACCACAUCUGUGUCUACGGCUUGCUACUCAGUCGAAUCCUCUCAGAGCCUACCAAUCACACAAUGUCUCAAGAACAGAAGCCAGAACAGAAGCCCAAUGGCGUCCCCAGCGUCGCUGGCCUCAGCGAACACACUCGCGCCAAAUGGGCCGCCGCAUCCACGCCAGAGGAGAUUGCCGCCAACCUCCCCCCGAUGCUCGAUCUGACCAUUGAGAAUAUCACCGAGAAUGUGAUGAAGAUCAAUUCGAUGUGCGACAACCCUCGACUGCGGUAUCUGAUCCUCAAGUUGAUCCAGACUGCCCACGACUACAUCCGCGAUGUUGGCCUGCAGUUCGACGAAUGGGAGCAAGCCUGGCAAUUCCUCACCAGAGUCGGUCAAAUCUCAACCGAUGUACGCCAUGAGUUCGUCCUCCUAUCCGACAUCCUGGGAAUCUCCGCCCUGGUCGACGCCCUCUCAUACCCCGCCGUGCCCGGAGCCACCGAGUCGUCCGUGCUGGGCCCCUUCCACGACGAAGAAGCCCACUCGUUCCAAUACGGCGAGUCGAUCUCCGCCGCCGGAACCCCCGGCGAGCCCACCAUCGUGCGCGGCUGGGUCAAGGACACCGACGGCAACACCGUGUCCAAGGCCCUGAUCGACGUCUGGGAAACCGACGGCAACGGCGUCUACGACCUGGAAUACGACGGCUCGCAGGACCCCAACUGCCGCGGCAAGAUCUUCUCCGACGAAAAGGGCCACUACCUCUUCGCCUGCGUCAAGCCCGUGGCUUACCCCAUCUCCAACGAUGGGCCUGUCGGCGAACUCCUGCGCAAGCUGAAGCGCCAUUGGUUCAGACCUGCUCACAUGCACUUCAUGAUCGCCCACCCGGAAUACACCAAACUCAUCACAGCCGUCUACUCCCGCGACAGCAACUUCGUGGAGAGCGACACCGUCUUCGGGGUCAAGAAGAGCCUGAUCGUGGACUACAACUGGAGCGAGGACCUGGAACUGGCCAAGGCCCACAACGUCGAGCCCAUGGUGCGGACGAUCGAUGGCCGCGAAUCCACGGGCUUCUGGCUGCUGGAUCAGGACUUUGUCCUUGUCAAGAAGAGUCCCCCGCCGCCGAGGAAGACGGAAGAUUUGGAUUAGAUAGAUA